CGAAACAGCACGCGUUUCAUCCUGUGACCGUGCUCGUGGGGUUUCUGUCCCGACCUGAACUUUCUGCGCUGACUUUUCUAACGUUGGCAACAGGCGGUGAACGCAUGUUAGCUAAUGAGAGCUAGCACCUGGGUGGACACGAGCCGCUGCUCCUCCUGUUUCCUCCUGCUGCUGCUGCUCCUCCCUGCACCUCCUGCUCAGGCCUCCGGGUUGGUAACUCGUCGACUCGAUGGGGAAGAGGAAAGACAUGAUUCACCCCAGGUUCCUCGGCGAAGGCAGCUCCAGUCUUCACAGCGUUCACAGCGUUCACAAGCGGAAACACAAAAAGCACAAGAAGCACAAGAGGAAGCACCACAGCUUCCCCGAGGCCCCGGAGCCCGAGCCUGUCGUCGUCCCUCGGCCUCCUCCACAGCUGCGACUCAAGAUCAAACUGGGAGGACAGACGCUGGGGACCAAGAGUGUUCCCACCUUCACUGUGCAUCCCGGUGUCGCACGUCCCCCCUCGCCACUGAUGAUCAUUGAUAACAAUGUUGAUGAUUCUGAUGACGACGACGACGACGACGAUGACGACGAGCCGCCCUCUGUGCCUCUGGAGCAAUAUCGAGCCUGGCUGGAUGAAGACAGCAACCUGGCCACAUCUCCUAUGCCAGACAUGGAUUCAGACUCCAUGCUGGGUGCGCCUGUGGACGAGGAGGAGAGGUGGCUGGACGCUCUGGAGAAGGGAGAGCUGGACGACAACGGGGAGCUGAAGAAGGAGAUCGAUGAGUCUCUGCUCACAGCCCGACAGAAAGCCCUGUUGCACAAGCAGCAGAGCCAGCCUCUCCUGGAGCUGCCUAUGGGCUACAAGGAGAAGGAGAUGACCGUGGAGAUGAUGCAGAAACGGGAGGAGCGAGCUCGAAAGAGGCGCCUGCAGGCCGCCAAAAAAGCCGAGGACAGCAAGAACCAGACGAUAGAGAGACUGACAAAAACCAGCAAGGCCAAGAUCAAAAGCAUGAAGGACAGGAAGUCCAAGCUGAACCAGAGCCCCAUGGUUCGCUACAGCGACACCGCCCUGGGCUUGGCUAUCUCCUACCCCACAGGGGUCCAUGCUCCGGCGCCGGCACCUCCCCUUCCUUCACCUCCGGCCCCGUCGAGCUGCGGAGUUAGCGGCUGCACUAACCUGAAGAAAUACUCGUGCUCUAAAACUGGGGUUCCUCUCUGCAGCCUCGAGUGCUACAAGAGGAACCUGCUGCUCGUUCAGAGCGCCGCUUGAACGCUAACGGGACGAGACUCUUACUCCUGGAAAAGUAGAUGGAAAAUAUAUAAUUUGAACUUUACACUCUGAAUCUGUAUGCAAUGUGGAUUUCCUUUUUUUGUUUGCAGAUGUGCUGUAUAAAUAUCUUACACACAU